AUGGCGAACACACCUGAACGUCAACGUCGAGCCUCGCUCCUCCAGGGUAUACUAGAGCCGCCUAGCUUGGUAAUUUCCGACGGAGAGGUAUCACCGUCAUCUGAUGGUGCAGCAGAUGAGGAGCAGCUGUAUAUCGACCAAGACGAUGCCCAAUCUAUCAUACAGCCGGCUUUAAGUCCUGCAGCAACGAGGCUCACCCUGCCGAAGACUCCUGCAGCAGAGAAGGUGGCAGCUUUGGAGCGGGUGCCAGGCGGAGGUCUGUUCAGUGUUAUCGAAGGCCCAAUCACUUCAGAGCCGGAUAGACUACAUCCAUUAGCAAUGGGUUCGACUAGGACGGCUUACCAAACGACCGGUACGAGGGCGCAAACGCGCCAAAGUAGAGGUCUCUCCUUAGGUCAACUUCCUUCAAGCCAUUCACCUAUGUACAGAUUUCCAUCGCCAUGGCAGUCGGGGCCAAAGCAGAUGGUUGUGCAGAAUGAGCCUAAUUCGAGACCAGCUCUAUCUGCUGUAUUUGGUCAAAAUAAUGGCCAUCGCCGUUCUUCGUCCGGGGGAGCGGAUGCGCUGAAGAGGAUACGGGAGGCUUUGCCGUCUAUGCCAUCCAUGCCAUCAAUUUCUUUGCCGUCAUUCUUUUCGGGACCAUCUUCGACGAAGAGUGUAGGGCUGGAUGCAAAGAAGACUAUUACUUCCAAUGAAAGCGCUACAUCGUCUCGACCGCCAACUCGGCCACGGGUAAUGCGGCGGUCAACUUCUGAUGAAUCCAUACUCUACCAUUCACUAUCUAGGAUGUCUUCCUUCGGUGAUGACGAUAGAUGGAAUGAUAUUAGAGAGCAGAAAAACAGCAGGCUCAAAGCUAUCACGGAUAGCUUGGACGUACCUACAUUCAAAUUACCUCAGUUUCCAAGUAUCAUUCCAGCUCCGCUCAAGAGAAAUUCAACACUAGGAUUCAAUCAGUCAGACUCGACUUUAUCAGGUACCACACGUACCUCUACAAUAUUCUAUGUCGGCCCAUCAAACAACAGCGAUACAAAUCUGUCGGAUCUGGAUCGUGCUUUGGAGUUAUUAACCGGCGAUAUUGUCAUCAUGGGUGGAUACCGUGGGUCUAUCUUAAGGUCUACCAGAACUAACCGUCAGGUCUGGGUACCCGUAAAGGUUGGGUUGAACAUUCGAAAAGUGAACUUGGAAGUUGGUUUGGAUCCCGAGGACGAGGAAAGAAUGGAAGAGACGAUAUACGCCUCCGGUAUGCUUAAAAACAUAGGUCCGGUUGAUAUCUCGAAGCGCUUGUUCAAGAGGUUGAGAGAAUGCGAAAAUGCUAGGUCGGGUAAACUGAGAGUGUGGGAUUAUGGCUGGGACUGGCGCUUAAGUCCUCAUCUACUUUCGCGCAAAUUGAUCGCCUUUCUCGAACAGCUGCCCUCGAACCAGGGCUCUAAUCCCUCCGAAGGCAGAGGUGCACUAGUCAUUGCACACAGUCUCGGAGGACUUAUUACUCGCCACGCCGUAAACCAACGGCCUGAACUGUUCUCGGGAGUAAUUUAUGCAGGGACUCCGCAACGAUGUAUAAAUAUAUUAGGACCGAUCCGCAAUGGCGACGCUGUACUCUUUAACGAAAAGGUCUUGACGGCGCAAGUUAACUUUUCGUUAAGGACGAGUUUUGUUUUCCUGCCGGAAGACGGCUUCUGCUUCAUAAAUAAGUAUACCGGAGAACAAUAUCCAGUCGAUUUCUACGACCCGCAACAAUGGAUAAAAUACAGCUUGAGUCCGUGUAUAGAACCAUCUUUACCCUCCUAUAAGUCUCGUUCCGGCGCACUCAGUUCCCUGAGAGAGCUCUCUGAGAGAUUACCGACACCAUUAAGGAGCCGAGGAAAUAGUGCGGCUAGCGAAUCUCGGUCGCCGACGCGCAAUCUAGUGGCCGAAGCGGUACGGAUGGUCGAGAUAUCUAACGACAGGACCCUAGCACCGCAAAUGGGAACGCUGCAUGGAGAUUCGAGCACAGCUCAUCAACAACAGCAGAAAAACCUUGACAACGACGCCGGGACACGCAACCGCAACCUUGCGUACCUAACACGGACGCUCGCCGAGAUCAAGCGAUUCCGGGCAGAGACCCAGCACCGGCCGGAGCACACGCAAGCCAAUGCAUACCCACCAUUGGCAGUUAUCUACGGCAAGGAUGUACCAACUGUGUGGGCGGCGAGCGUUACGUCACGCGAAGCAAUUGCGUGCGCGGAUGCAUACGACGACUUAGUUUUCCGCAGCGGCGACGGCGUCGUACUUGCCCGCGAGGCCAUGCUCCCUGAGGGGUAUGAGCUCGUACGUGACGGUCAAGUUAGUACUGAUAGGGGGCACAUUACCAUGUUAGGCGAUUUGGAUGCCGUCGGAAAGGCUUUGUUAGCAGUGAUAAGAGGUCGUCGGAAGGGCAUCGGACUCGAAGGUCCUGGAAGUUAA